GCUCGUCCGCAGUCAGGCUGACUCCCGCUCGCUUGACAGACAGGGGCGGGCACUGAGGGGCCGCCUGUCCCGGGACCAGCACGUGGGGAUCGCCAAUUCUCCUGCCUUUGGGCUCGGCUCGCGACCCGGCGACAGCCCCAAGUCCGGGCGCUGUGCGGUCCCGGACUUGUCAGCCCCGGGUGCGAUGGCUCCCUCGAGGAGUGGAGAGGGAGGUGGCAAAGGGUUCCGCGCUCCCCUGGCGCAGGGAGCGUAAUGAUCCGGGCAAAGGGCAGCAGCAGCAGCCCCAGCAGCACCUUCUGCUGGCGCCUCCCCCGGGCCCUAGCCCUCUGGCCCCCGCGCACCAUGCGGACCCCGGGACUGCGGACCCCGCAACGCAGUCCCUGCUGCCUUCCCGGCCCCUGCUAACCCACGCGGGAGUGGCCUCCGCCAUCGAGGCAGCCGCCCGCGCCGCGCCCCGGGGGAGGCGGAACCGCUGCGCAGGCCGAGCCUCGGCUCAGCCCUUCACUCUCCAGCUGCGUCCCCAUCCCCGCCGCCCACCGCGCCCGCAGCCAUGGGGCCGCUGCUGGCGCUCUACCUCCUUCUGGGCUGGCUGCGCUGGAGCCCGGCUGGCGCCCAGCAGCCCGGAGAGUAUUGCCACGGUUGGGUAGACGUGCAGGGCAACUACCACGAGGGCUUCCAGUGUCCGGAGGACUUCGACACGCUGGACGCCACUAUCUGCUGCGGCUCCUGCGCGCUGCGCUACUGUUGCGCCGCGGCGGACGCCAGGCUGGAGCAGGGCGGCUGCACCAACGACCGCGGCGAGCUGGAGCACCCAGGCAUCACCGCGCAGCCUGUCUACGUUCCCUUCCUGAUUGUUGGCUCCAUCUUCAUUGCCUUCAUCAUCCUGGGCUCUUUAGUGGCAAUUUAUUGCUGCACCUGCUUGAGACCCAAGGAGCCGUCACAGCAGCCAAUCCGCUUCUCGCUCCGCAGCUAUCAGACAGAGACCCUGCCCAUGAUCUUGACCUCUACGAACCUCAGAGCACCUUCCAGGCAGUCCAGCACAGCGACCAGCUCCAGCUCCACAGGGGGCUCCAUCCGAAGGUUCUCCUUUGCCAGGGCAGAGCCGGGCUGCCUGGUGCCCUCCCCACCCCCACCGUAUACCACAGGCCACCCUAUCCACUUGACCCAGCCAUCGGGCUUCCUGGUGUCACCCCAAUACUUUGCUUACCCGCUCCAGCAGGAGCCCCCACUGCCCGGGAAGACCUGUCCUGACUUCAGUUCCAGUUGACAGGCCAUGGCCAUGAAGCCAUCACACAGUACCGAGGCAGACAGGUGGAUGCUGCUGCCAUUGCCACAAGUGUCUCUGAGGAAAUUUCUCCUGAACUCAGCAAUGGUAUGGAGAGAGUGCUAAGAAAACACGACGCCUUCUAGUCUUUAAGUUUCCCGACUCCAGUCACAGAAUGACUGGGUUAGAUCAUUGCUUUCUUGCUUUGAAAACAUGGUGACAUUACAUUUCAAUUUAUGCUACUUUUAUUCAAAAUACACAGCAGUUCAACUCUAAAGUUGCAAACAGGCUAGAGAUUUUUAUUGGACAACUCAGCUAUAUUGUUUAGGAAAAGUCUACGUGUUUUUUUUUUUUCAUUAGAAGUUGUUCAGUGAGUUAUAAUACAAAUAUAUACUUAAAUAAGCAAAGGAAAAUACUUGAUUGUAAUUACUGAAGGUUCACUUAAAAGAAUUAACUACCAAGUAGACUGAGUGGACCAUAAACAACCUAUUUGUGAUUUUGGAAGCAAAACCUAACCAGGAGUAAUGUUAGCGUCAUAAGAAGCAGUUACUUUUGAAGUUAAUAACUACAUUUUGUUUAAAAUACGAGAGCUUUUUCAGAAUGCAAGAUCUCAGUAAUCACAGGAGGAGUGUAAAGUGCUAAAAUAUUUACUCAGAUACUCAUUGUAACACAGAGCGUAUAUAAAGGCAUUUCCCUGUCCACCUGAGGGAAUAUUUAUUGCAGACUUUUUGUUCAGCAAUAUUUCAUGUUUAAAUGAAAGUUGGACAAUUGGGUCUUAAAGCAUUUACAUGUAAAAUGAGUUGUGUACAAAUGUAAAGAUUUGUAAUUUAAUGGAUUUACCCCAUUGACGGUACUAAUUAUUUAGUAGUCACACUGUAAUUUUUAUAUGAAUAAUAACUGUGGAGUCCAAAGUCCAGCUACUGGUUAUAAUCAUCUAAUAUUGCAUAUCACAAAUGCCACUGAAUUCCAUGUCUGAUGACUACAUAUUUGGGCAUAUAUCCUGC